CCCGUACACGCGCUCAGGGCCACACCCAGACUCCGCUAUAAAUUCCUGCUGGAUAUCCGCCCACGCUCAUCGUCCAAAGCACCGAGUGAAGUCUGCCGAACUCCGCCUCAUCUUCCCUUCGUCGCCAGCUCUGCACACCCAAGUCCACCAUGUCUCACCCGAAGCCGUCUCCACUUGCAAAACAGAUGAAGGAAUUGGGGGACAAAUUCCGGAGCUUAGACAAGGAUGAAUCUGGGUACUUGAGCAAGCAGGAGGUGCAGGAGGGACUCAAGAGCUUGGGGCUUCCCGAGAACUCCGUGGACGAUUUCUUCCUUCAAAACGACCGGGGAAAGGAUGACCAGAUCUCCUACAAGGAGUUUGUGGUGUUCAUGUCAAAGAAAAAGUGAUGACAAGUCGGGGUGACAUGGAAUUGCACGCUCAUGCACACCACACUACAACAUACAUAUACCAACACUGACAAAAAAAACAAAGACACACACACAUUCCCUCAUUAUCACACCAACAUACACAGUAACCCACAUGCACGGCAACUCUCAUGUGCGGAGAAACACACCCGUAUGGAUACACAUGUACACACUGACGUAUAGAAAUGUAAACGUACGCACACCAACGCACGUACACACCGACACGCAUACGCACCAACACAUAAACACAGAC